AUGUCCAAGAAUGGGGAAGAAGUGCGCGCUCGCCAAAGCGGCCAAAAUGCAGCGAAUUCGUCUGAUCAAAGCCCUCGAACUAAUGCUGUGAGGAGCCGACGGGGUUUUAAAGCGGCUUUUACCCGAGUUUCGAAUACCCUUGAAAAGGAUAUUCAGGGAUUGAGAGCCGCCGCCUCGACAAUUGAGGAUAAGGCUCAUAAGAUUCGGAAUCUAUCACUAUUUCUAGGUGAUCUUGAGCUGAAAUUUCGGCAACUCGAUAAUUGUCAUCAGGACGUUUUGGCGGAAUUUGACGGCAGUGGCGAUGAUCCGGAAUCCGAAGCAAUUGAUCCCCAAUAUCAAACAUUGGGAAGGCUGCGAUUGGAGGUUGACAAGUUUUCAGAAGGAAUUGCCAAUCGUCACGAAUCGUCGGGAUCUCAGUCAGAAGCAAGCGUAGUGGGCCUCACUCCUCAGUUAACAGCCGUCAUGGGCUUACAAUACGAUGUCACCCGGGACGUACGCCUAUUCUCUGGGGAGGAUAUCCUUGCUUAUGCCACAUUUCAAUUACAGUGGAAGAGAGCGGAGUCCAGGCUUAAGGAGAUUGGCAAGGGUCCCAUCGAACUCCUACAAGAAUUCAAACGGGUUCUUAAGGGGCAAGCGUUGCAACUGGUUGAGUAUCUCCCUGAAAUCGACGAAAACUAUGCCAAAGCAAUCGCUCAGAUCCGACGCGUUUACGAUGACCCAUCGGUUCAGAUCAAAACAAUUGUCGACAGACUUAUUGACAUGCCUACAAUCGAAAUCAAUAAGGCCUCCUUUUUAAAAGGGUUUUCAUUCGUCAAUCAAGCCUUACAAAGCUUUGAGGGUUUGCAACUCACAGCAGAGGAUCUGAGCACCAUCUUUUUCAUUUCUCUUUGCGAGAGAAAAUUGAACAAGAACUCUUUGCAGACCUGGCACAAGUAUGUUCAGUCAAAAGUAGAUCCGAAUCUACCCAUGGGAAUAGAUAUAUCCUGUGAGGCAUUCCUGGAUGUUCUCCUAGAACAAGUAAAACUGGCUCCUGACCGUGGCAUUGGGUGUGAGGAGGAAUCAAAAUCCAAAGCUUACAAGAGCCACUCCAAAGGGUCGGCACCUACGACUUUCCUUGCGACCCAGGACCACAAAUGCCUGUUUUGCAAUCGAUCUGGACAUAGGAAUUUCGUUUGUUUUAAGAUGCAGAAAAUGGGCUACGAAGAAGUGGAAGACAUACGAAGGGCAAAUAGAUUGUGCACAAGAUGUUUGGAGCCCUACAACUUUGAGCAUCAUAAACAGUGCAAAGGUCCCAUUUGCUCUGUCCAUGAUUGUGGAAGUCCCACGAAGCACUGCAAAUACCUCCAUAAUCCUAAUACUCGAUCAAUUUGUGUCCAGCAAAGCCCAGGUGUCGACCAGGCUUCUGAGCGUGACCUGGAUAACCCGGUUUGUUCACCGAUAGUCAUCAUUGCAAAGCAAGUUGAAAAUGGACAAGUGCGUGGAAUUUUGCGCACUUGCAUUGGCUUCAUCAAGAACAUUGGGGAUGGAGAGCUCCUCGAAGUAAGGUUUCUCCUGGAUGCAACGGCUGAGCAAAAUCUGAUAAGGCGGAGGUGUGCUCAAGAUCUUGGCCUGGAUGGUCCACGUCAGUACCUUCAAAUGAGCGUAGCUGGAGGCGGAAGUUCCAAACGUACUCAGGAGAAAAUCGUGGAGUUUCAAAUCCAAUCGUUGGAUGGGUCUUAUACUUCGAACCCUAUCAAGGCAACAACUAUAUCCAGUAUUGCUCAACCAGUUAAGCCAAUAACCCUAAAUAGAAGCAACUUUGCCCACCUCCAUGACAUAACCUUUACUGAGGAAUAUCCGUCCUCUGGAGAACUUGGUCUCGAUGUUUUGAUCGGAGAACCACUGUUUACCCAUUUGUGUAUUGCAGCUCCAGUGACAGGGCUCCUGUCUGAGCCCGCUGCACAAUACACAAAAUUGGGAUGGAUUUUAUGUGGAGCACAUCCGAAAGGAAGUGCGGAAAUUCCUGCCGCAGCUGAGAUGUUUGCCGUUGAUUACCCUGAAGCAGUUCAGGAAAUCCGUUCCAACCUGUACAUGGACGAUCUCUCGACCACGGCUGAUAGUGAAGAUCUCGCAAGAAAACUCUUGGACGACGUGGUUACAGUCUUGGCUUUGGCAUUUCGACGUUUUAUAUCCCGGCGAGGUAUUCCUCAAACCUGCUAUUCCGAUAACGUGAAGACGUUCAAGGGAGCAGACAAGGAGUUGAGGAGAAUCUUCAAGACCAUCAAUUGGGAUCACGCUGAGGAAUCAAUGUCAAGGUUCAAGAUCACGUUCCAGUUCUCAACCUCCAAUGCUCCUUGGACAAAUGGAAUUACAGAGCGAAUGGUGGGGCUUACGAAGAAAGUACUUCGGAUUGCUCUUCAUGCGACCACUUUAACCACCCAAGAACUCGAGACUGUCCUCUUUGAAUGCGAGGUAAUAGUCAAUAAUCGACCUCUGGCUUCGGUGACAGAGGGCGACCUUUUACUCCCUGUUACUCCUGCCCAACUAUGUGUCGGGAGAGACCUUCUCCACCUCCCAGAUCCUGGCCGAAUCAAAGGCCAAGAGGAGCCUCAAUUUGUUGGCAAGUGGUGA